UGAAGCAGUCACAACUGUCGACCAAUCACAAUACAGAGAGUGAUAACUGUCCAAUCACGUCUCACCUAGCCGACAUCACUUCCUGGUUGAGUUCCCAUGCUUGAUCUGUGCUUUCCAGAUAUCUACACGCUUUUUCGUAGUUCAAGAGUAAGGUAUAUCAUGGCCAAAGACAAGUCUUUGACAAAACUGUCUAAAAAGAAGAAGUUGACUUCAGAUGUCAGCGAGGUUCAUGCUGAAGAAAUGAUGGACACUAAAGUCAAAAAGAAAAAGAUGAAAGUAGAAGAAGCUCCAGUACAGAUUGCUCAUGUGACAAUCACAGCAGACGAUACGAAACAGAAAAAGGAAAAGAAACACAGAAAGAAACAAAUGACAGAGCAAAGUGAGAGUGCCGAUCCACCCGGUCGCCCGGAGGGGACACAGGAGCUGGAGGGUGAGGAGGACUUGAGCCCCGAGGAGAGGCGGGUCCUGGAGAGGAAGAUGAAGAAGGUCCUGAAAAAGGAGGAGAAGAAGAAUAUUAAAGCUGAGGGAGAGACCGCACCGAAAACUGAAGCAUCUGGACCCACUGCACCUCAGCAGGCCUUAGAUUAUCUCACCUGCUGGGCUGAUAAUCGUACUAAGUGGAAGUUCCAGAAGAUCAGGCAGACGUGGUUACUGCAGCACAUGUUUGACUCCGCACAGGUUCCGGACGAGAAGUUCUCCGUCAUGCUGGAGUACAUGGAGGGGCUCCGUGGAGCAGCCAAAGACACCACAGUGCAGAAGGCCUUAGCCCUGGUUGAAGAGUCGGGAAAAGCACCAGAGGACAAAGAUGUCCAGCAGAGGGCGCACAGAGCCAGAGAAGUUAUCCAGCUGCUCUCCUAAACCCACCACCACCACAUGAAGCCCAUCAUAGAACGACUAAAACAUGCGUGUUGGUCUGUGGACUGAAUGACCACCCUGGUCUAACGCUAAGAUUAAAAUGUUUUAUAUUUUAGUUUUUUCAAAUGGUCCUUUUAGGGAUAGGAUGUCUUUUGAUUUAAAUGAUCAGUAUUGCUCACAUUUUUUAUUUAAUUGUGUCUAGGUUUCAUCUCCAUGUGACAUUCCCUGUGUGUAUUGACUCACCAAAAUCAUAAAGUAUGAAAUCUUCCCAA